ACUAAGAAUGAAUGCGAUGCUUUUACGAUAACAGUAGACGAUUCAUUGCGAAUAGAUACGAGCAAUUAACGAAUGCAUACGAGUGUUUUGCGAGCACAAUACGAAUGGUAACGAUCUGAUCCAAGUUUUUACGAUUGGUUAACGAAUAGUUUACGAUAGCCCACGAACAUUUGCGAUUGAGUUACGAGUGUUUUACGAAUGUUUAUUUUUUUUGCAAUGGGAAAUGCAUGCACUCAUAUAGAUAGUAGGCCAUACAGUCUCAUUUAUUAUCCAUGUAAACAUUCGGAGUAACAAGACAUGUCUUACGAGAGAAAUAAAUUAUUACUCUUCCAUAACUUCCUUCGACUUCUUCUUCCACUGGCACAGAGGGCAGAGGAAGAAAAUCAACAACUGUUUCCUCUUUGUUUUAGGAGGAGGAGGAGGAGGCGGACUCAACGUAGAUUUUGGUGCAGGCCAUGGCUCAUCAGAAGAACUUUGUUUGGACAAUAUGACCAACUCCUGCAUGAGCUUAACCGGGAAGAUGCGUCUGGUUACAGAAACUUUUUAAGAGUUGAUGCCGACUUGUUUGGGGAGAUACUUGACAGAAUUACCCCUGCAAUCAGAAAAAGCUCUACCUCUUUCAGGGAACCACUUGAACCAGGACUGAAGUUAGCCGUUACACUCAGACAUUUGGCUACCGGUUCCACGUAUGCUGAUCUUAUGUAUGCCUUUCGUGUUGCCCGGAACUCCAUAUCACUCUUUGUGCCUAAAGUCUGCGAAGCAAUUUACUUAGCAUACAAAGAUGAAGUCAUGCCGGAUGAGAUUACGACGGAAGAUUGGAUGCGUAUAGCAUCUGACUUUGAAAGAAUAUGGAACCUCCCACACGCUUGUGGUGCUUUGGAUGGGAAGCACAUUAGAAUAAGAAAACCGCCUAACUCGGGGUCGUUAUUUUUUAACUACAAACAUUUCUUCUCUACAGUGAUGAUGGCUCUAGUUGAUGCAGAUUAUAAGUUUAUUUGGCUGAGUGUGGGCUCAUACGGAAGUGCAUCUGAUAGCCAGAUAUUUAGGGACUCGGAACUACGACCAAUGUUAGAAGAUGGAACUUUGGAUCUUCCGCCUCCCUCCCCUCUCCCAAAUGGUGAAACAGACAUUCCUUAUUUUUUAUUGGCGAUGACGCAUUUCCUCUCCGAUCAUGGAUGA